UUUUGUGAAAAUGGAGAUGAGAGCUUUGGUUUCUUCGUAUUCUACCGGUAAUGGAGGUUCUGAUCCGAUCAGCCUCACGAAUGGUUCUCCAUGGAUCACAACAGUUGGUGGUGGUGCAAGUACCAUGGACAGAGAGUUUCCAUUGACUGUGAAGCUGGGAAGUAGUAUGAGAGCCUUCAAAGGAGUAAGCACAACAACAGUUUUGUCUCGGACCAAACAACAGUUUCCUCUGGUAUGCUUAGCAAGAAACAAUGCGAACAGCACUGAUCCGACCUCGUUCUGGGAGAAUGAUAUAUCUGAAGCUCAAAGGACAGUUUUACCGGCUGAAUCUAUUAACGGGGAUAAGAGUGCUGUAGAACCAGGUAGAAAUGAUGUGACGGUGUCUGAAGUGGAUGAGUUCUGUAAAGCACUNCAACCCAAAGAUAUAGUCCAAAUAAAACUUAACUGUGACAGCAAUCAAAAUUUCAUUCUUAAAAUGUAG